AUGUCUUCCGACGAAAUCGUCUGGCAGGUUAUUAACCAGCAAUUUUGCUCUUACAAACUCAAGACAACAAAGGGCCAAAAUUUCUGUCGCAAUGAGUACAAUGUCACUGGUCUCUGCAACCGGCAGUCCUGCCCGCUAGCAAACUCCCGCUACGCAACAAUCCGGUCCGACCCCGAGACCGGUGCGAUGUAUCUUUACAUGAAGACCAUCGAGCGCGCGCACAUGCCCAGCAAACUGUGGGAGCGGGUCCGGCUAUCGUCGAACUACGCAAAGGCCCUGGAACAGGUCGAUGCGCGGCUGAUCUACUGGCCGAAAUUCUUGACCCAUAAGUGCAAGCAGCGCCUGACGCGGCUGACGCAGGUGGCUAUUCGAAUGAAGAAGCUUGCGAAGGAGGAGGAGCGGUUGGGGGAGAAGAUUGUGCCGAAGUUGGCGCCGAAGAUUCGGAGGAGGGAGGAUACGAGGGAGCGCAAGGCAGAGAGCGCGGCAAAGGUUGAGAGAGCUAUUGAGAGAGAGCUGAUUGAGAGGUUGCGGAGUGGGGCUUAUGGGGACCGGCCGCUGAAUGUGGAGGAGGGUAUCUGGAAGAAGGUUCUUAGGGGUUUGGAGCGGUCAGGUGAGGGUGAGAGGGAUGAGGAUCUGGAUGAUGGGGAACUUGAGGUGGAGGAAGAGGAAGAAGGUGUUGGAGAGGUUGAGUACGUUAGUGAUAUCGAGGAGGAUGAGGAUCUAGAGGAUCUUGAGGAUUGGCUUGGUGAGGGUGAAUCGGCAGACUCGAGCGAUGACUACUCCGACGAGGAUGAGGAAGAUAGCGAUGAGGAAAGCGGAUCCGAAGAUGGGGAUGAAGAUGAGCAGAAGAAGACGAAGCCUGGCUCCAAGAGGAAGUUCACUGCCCCGCAACCGAAACCGAGGAAGAAGGGUCCCAAGGUCGAAAUCGAGUAUGAAACUGAGGGCGCUGGAAAGGAGAAUCUCUUCGCUUAG